AUGACCGAGCGGAAAGAUCUAUCCAGUCGCAUCCUCCCCCAAAUGGUUCUCUCCGAUACGAGGAACCCCCUAACCGCACCGCUUCAACUUUCUGGAUCCACAUCAUCAGAACGUACUCGUCAGCGAUUCGCCAUCGAGGGCAAUGCGAUAGUUACCGGUGGAUCGGGGGUGCUUGGGCUAGCAGCAUGCAGGGCUCUGCUCGAGCAUGGAGCAUCUGGCGUAUCAAUUUUCGAUGUUUUAGCCUCGAUCUCUUCAGGAAAGGAGGCGAUCGCUCAGCUUCAAGCAGACUUUCCCCGGGCUAAGGUUAUAACCAAGAUCGUGGAUGUCCGGGAUGACGCGACUAUACACGGAGCGGUGAGUGAGACGGCAGUUAAGCUAGGCAGUGUGGACAUACUGUUGUGCUUCGCGGGCGUCGUCGGCACAACGCACGCCUUAGACAUGGAUGUUGCAGAGUGGAAACGCGUAUUGGAUAUUAACACGACCGGAAGCUGGAUCUGCGCUCAGGCUGCAGCCAAGUGUAUGAUCACCCAGAAGACGGGUGGCAGUAUACUCUUCACGGCUUCCAUCUCUGGGCACAGAGUCAACUUCCCGCAACCGCAGGUAUCGUAUAAUGUCUCUAAAGGAGCCAUCGUGCAGCUGCGGCGUUCGCUUGCGGCCGAGUGGGCCCAAUACGGGAUUCGCGUGAAUAGCAUUAGUCCUGGUUACAUGAACACCAUUCUUAAUGAAGGCGAGGGCUUGGUGGAGGGUAGGAGGAUUUGGUGCGAAAGGAAUCCAAUGGGAAGGAUGGGGACGCCUGAAGAACUUACUGGCGCGAUUGUUUUGCUCUGCAGCAAAUUUGCUGGUCGCUACAUCACUGGAGCUGAUAUCCUCGUCGAUGGUGAGCGUUGUCUUCAGUCAGUCUCACGACCUGAGUUGAGUGUAUCGAAAGGCGGUCAGACCGUGUUCUAG